CUUCUCUUCUUGGUGCUUGUCUGGUCUUCAGGGACCUAUUCUAGCAGUAAAUCCUGGGAUAGGACUGUUAGGAAAAUAUAUAACCACUCAUUUAUUAGUGUUUUUCAGGCUGCACUGUGCAAACCUUUAUCUAUUUUCGUGAAGAAUUUCAGAUAGGCACAGAUUGCCCAGGGCGUCGACUGGUUGAGCAUCCAUUCAUCCUUUCAUUGGCAGCUGAGGUGUUUCAGAGAGCUAGCUAGCGUUAGCUGAGAGGCAGGCAGGGCAUAGCUGUGUUAAAGGGACCUUCAAAAUGUCGGGAUACCAAGGAAAGAAGAACAUUCCGCGAAUUACAAGUGACCGUCUCCUCGUCAAAGGAGCAAAGAUCGUGAACGAUGAUCAGUCAUUCCUGGCUGAUAUCUACAUGGAGGAUGGAGUCAUCAAGCAAAUCGGUGACAACCUCAUUGUUCCUGGUGGGGUUAAGAUCAUAGAGGCCCAUGGGAGAAUGGUGAUGCCUGGGGGUAUUGACGUGCACACCCGAUUCCAGAUGCCUGACCGGGGCAUGGUGUCAGCCGAUGACUUCUACCAGGGAACCAAGGCGGCCUUGGCUGGGGGGACGACUAUGAUCAUUGACCAUGUGGUGCCGGAGCCUGGGGUCAGCCUGGUUGCAGCUUUCAAACAGUGGAGGGAGUGGGCUGAUAGCAAGUCCUGCUGCGACUACUCCCUGCAUGUGGACAUCACCAGCUGGAACACAGGCACUCAGGAGGAGAUGGAGACCCUGGUGAAGGAUCAUGGUGUCAACUCUUUCCUGGUCUAUUUGGCUUAUAAGGAUAUUUUCCAACUUUCUGACUCUCAGAUCUAUGAGGUGUUAAGUGUCAUCAGAGACCUUGGUGCCAUUGCUCAGGUGCAUGCUGAGAAUGGAGACAUCAUUGCAGAGGAGCAGAGGCGUAUCCUGGAGCUGGGGAUCACUGGCCCUGAAGGCCAUGUGCUCAGCCGCCCAGAGGAGGUGGAGGCAGAGGCAGUCAAUCGCGCUGUCACCAUAGCCAACCAGACCAACUGCCCCCUCUACAUCACCAAGGUGAUGAGCAAGAGUGCAGCUGAUGUCAUUGCCCUCGCCAGGAAAAAGGGUGCCGUGGUUUACGGAGAGCCCAUUUCUGCCAGCUUGGGCACAGAUGGUACCCAUUACUGGAGCAAGAACUGGGCGAAGGCCGCCGCCUAUGUCACUUCUCCCCCGCUCAGCCCUGAUCCCACCACCCCCGACUACCUCAACUCCCUGUUGUCAUGUGGGGACCUGCAGGUGAGUGGUAGUGCUCACUGCACUUUCCAGACUUCUCAGCGAGCAAUCGGCAAAGAUGACUUCACCCUGAUCCCAGAGGGCACCAACGGCACUGAGGAGAGGAUGUCUCUGAUCUGGGACAAAUGUGUGGUGACUGGCAAGAUGGAUGAGAACCAGUUUGUGGCGGUGACCAGCACUAAUGCAGCCAAGAUCUUCAACCUGUUCCCCCGCAAGGGCCGCAUCGCUGUGGGCUCUGAUGCCGACCUCGUGCUGUGGGACCCUGAUAUGACGAAGAUCAUCUCAGCUAAGAGCCACAACCUGGCUGUGGAGUACAACAUCUUUGAGGGCACAGAGGUGCGUGGGGGUCCAGUGGUGGUGAUCAGCCAGGGCAAGCUUGUGUUGGAGGAGGGCAGCCUUCACCCCACCGAGGGCUGCGGGCGCUACAUCAGCCGUAAACCCUUCUCUGACCACGUUUACAAGAGGAUAAAGGCUCGCAGCAGGCUCACAGAGUUGCGAGGAGUCCCCAGGGGCCACUAUGACGGGCCGGUGUGUGAGGUGACUGUGACUCCCAAGAUGAUGUCCACAGUCUCCUCAGUGAAGACGUCCCCUGCCAAGCAGCAGCAGCAGCAACAGCAGCAGCAGCAGGCUGCUCCCCAGCCGAUGCGCAACCUCCACCAGUCUGGCUUCAGUCUCUCAGGUGCCCAAGUUGACGACAACAUUCCUCGUCGCAACACUCAGCGCAUCGUGGCUCCACCCGGUGGAAAAGCUAACAUCACCAGCCUCGGCUAAGCUCUUUGCUCACCUGAGCCGGAAGACGCAGGGCGGCACGGGACCAGAGGCCCCCUGUCACCGUCGCCACAUCACAUCUGGUCACCUCUGAACCCACCCUGCACCUCACCCACAAGCACGCCGUCCAUUCUUCUUCACACUCCACCACUACGUCACAUCUUUCCUGCCAUUUUCCAUUGUCAAGGAAGAUCAAGUGAAUUGAAGCGGCUUUUUUGUUGCUGCUUUUAAAGCCCAACUUUGAUUAUUGAUUAAUUUAUUUGUUUACUUUUUAAAAAUAUAUUCUGCUGUGCAUGUUUGAGCUGGUUAUUUGCCCUCUUGGCUCAGAAAGUUGACAGAAAAGAUCAGUCAGUUUGACUUGAAGGUAUUUUAGAAACUGCAAUUGUUUUUUCUUAACGUGUUGUACAUUCCCCGCUGAAGAAUGCACUGGUGUUGUAACACUGUAAAAUUGCUGUUUUCGUACAAAAACAGUUCAAAUGGAAAAUACUAAUCGUGAAAGAUGACCGUAGAAUAUCACUUAUGUAUCUCCUAAUUUUGCAGUAUUUUGUUUCAUGUGUAGGUACAGCAGAACAAUUCAGCUUGGUCUUCCAUUUUUGUUAUAGUUGCACUUUCUUUAUUUUUUUAUAUUGAUGUUUUGUUUUUUUCAUUGUUAUUUUGGGAAGUGCUGAAAGAAAAAGAAAGGGUAGUAAAGGGUCAAACCACUCAUUCAACUGGCACAUAACAUUUUGUCUGAGAACCCUUUCCCUCAUUUCAACAUUUUGUGUUUUCCUUUUGUUUGUGAAAAGAGCAAAAGGCUUCCAAUAAUCAGAAUGGUGUUUAAUUGUUCAGGAUGCAUACAAAAGUGAAGUUUGCCGACAGCGCUCUCUGCACAUGGUGCUAUAUGACCAUUGCUGUAAAUGUGCAGAUGAUGUCCUCACACACACACACACACACACACAGACACAGCAGCCACCAUUCCCUCCGAAUUUGUUUUGCACCAAUCCAAAAUAAUAAAAGAUGUAUGUGAGCUUGCAACUUUUUAUUUGUAAUGGCUUCGUCUGUAUGUUUUAGGAUAUUUGUUGGAUCUACUUGCCUGCCUGUUCUGUAAGAUAUUGAUAGCACACUGUAUCUAUGAAGGCUAUCUCAAGUGGAAACGCCAACUUUGAGACCUGAUGAAAUUGUAUAUGAAGUCCCUCACAGUGUGCUGAUGAUUUGUCCACUGUUCUCGGUGUUAGUGUUGUGAAUGAAUUAUCAGAUAUCCUGUUUUUCCUCUCUUAUCCCUUCUACUGCACCACAUCCACUCGAGGUAGUAACUUGUAUUCACUAAACCACAAAAGGGUUGUCGGUGUCACGGCACCGUGCGGCCAUACUGUAAAACACUAGAUUGUUUCUUCCUCAUUGCCUUGUCAAGUGUAGGUUUUGUAUGCCAAGCUAUAAUGUGAGUGAUUUGCAUUUGGGGAAGUGUCCUGGUGAUGGUAUUUGAGUUGUGAUGUUGAGCACUGAUGUUGCCCCUCUCCCAACAAGUGUGAUACUCUAAUCGGUCAUGUAUGUUUUGUAGGAUACCAGGGUUUUUGGGGGGGAAUCAUCGGUCUUGUCAGCAUUCGACCCUAUCUGUGUUGACUUC